UGUUCGAGUCGAACAUACGUUCGUAUCGAACGCGAAGCUCAUCCCUAGUGAAGUGUACACAGAGGUAUUAAGAUGAUUGUUUGGUUGUGUGAAGUGUACACAGAGGUAUUAAGAUGAUUGUUUGGUUGUGUGAAGUGUACACAGAGGUAUUAAGAUGAUUGUUUGGUUGGGUGAAGUGUACACAGAAUUUCAUUUGUUGUCUCAUCCUUGCAGGAACACAGACACACCUUACUGGUAUCAUUUCUCAGUCACAGGUGAGGUGAACACACUGGCUGAGCAUUCAACAUCUGAUAAUGAUGAGAGAAUGGAUGUACCUGCUGAGCCUUUCUAUUGCCCUGACAUGUUACCUCUUCUACCUGAGCCUACAGAUCACCCACCGGACUCCACACAGCCGGAUCAAGGUAAACUUCUCUACAUGCGACUGUUCCUGUCUGAAAUCCGUUAUACUGAGUUCUGUGCUGGGAAAAUUUGAAGAGCAAAAUUUUUUUGAGCUGGUGAAGGCAGUUCAGGGGUGUCCUUGGAAGGAGAACCAAACAGAACACAACCUGCAUCAGGCCAACUUGCGGAAAUGUUGCAAUGCCUCGUACUCUGUGAUUAUGACACAGGAGAAUACUGCGGUUGGACAAUUGAUUCGCUUCGAUGCAGAAGACAAAAUAACCCAAAGUAUCAUCGAGAGCCUUUAUAGUCUGUUCCCGAAGAAGUCCCCCUUCCAGAACCCAAUCAGAAGCUGUGCAGUAGUCGGGAAUGGAGGAAUUUUAAAUAACAGCUCUUGUGGUGCGGAAAUUGACGGGGCUGACUUUGUGUUCAGGCUGAAUUUUCCACCUCUGAACUGGACGAAUGAUGUUGGGACAAAGACCGAUCUUGUCACCUCAAACCCAAGCAUCUUAUUGAAUAGGUUCAACAGUCUCACAGAGAGGAGGAAAUCAUUUAUCAUGAUGGUGCAGGAGUACGGCUCUCCUUUGAUCCUCCUACCUGCUUUCUCUUAUUCAGGAAACACAGAGGUCUCCCUUCGGGUGCUCUACACCAUCGAGGACUUUAACUUGAACAGCAAGGUCGUCUUCUUCAAUCCAGACUUCCUCAGAAAGCUGACCGCUCACUGGACUAGUACGGGAAUCAAGUCUGUCCGUCUUUCUUCUGGACUUAUGGCAGUGAGCGUUGCGAUGGAGGUUUGCGAUAAAGUCACUCUCUAUGGCUUUUGGCCUUUUUCCCAAGAUCUCGAUGGCGUUCCGAUCCUUCAUCACUAUUUUGACAAUGUCCCACCAGUACAUGGCAUCCACGCAAUGCCUGAUGAAUUUUAUCAGUACCUACAAAUGCAUGUUCAAGGAUCGCUACGUCUGAACCUGAAACAUUGCUAAAUGUUUUGUGUAGUACAGCAAAACUAGUGUAGCCUGGUGCUGGCUACCAUAGAAUAGCCCAGAGGA